UCAGUCAAGCAACAACCAACCAACCAACCCACCGAUCGGGACCACUCAGUCAGCCAGCCAGCCAGCCAAUUUAGCGAAAAAGACCUUAACUUUUGAAAAAUAUUUUCUGAAUCAGUCAGUCAGUCGUGCGUUGGCAUGCAUACCAGAAGUCAGCCAACUUGUCGGCGGCAGCAGCUAUACAAAACAAAUUAAAAUUUAUAGACUAACCAACUCAACUCGGGUUGUUGUUAAUCGAGUCGAGUCAUGGUGGUGGUGUCGGUGAUGAUGAUGAUGACGACGACAACGUCAGCGACAGGAAAAAUAGCGAAUCGGCCGGCCGGCCAGACAGUGUCUGUUCAGUGGUGGAGAAAAAUAACUUGAUACUACGUCGGCAUUUUUGCAAAACAAUGCAAAAAUGUAAGGCCAUAAUAAAACUAUGACGGCGUUGGCUGGUUGGUUUGGAAGAGAGCCAUCAUCCAUUCAGAGACGGCGGCGACCACAGCUACAAUUAACGGCCAUGACAAACAAAAACUGUUGUUGGCUGGCUGACUGGUUGGUUGGUUGCGCAUCAUUCGUUUGUUCAUUGCCUGCCCGCCUGCUGCCCCUGCUUCUUGGUUGAUUUCUUGCUUAUUAAUCGUAUCGUGUGGGGAAUUAAGAAAACACCCCCUUCCGUUGAUUCGUGACAACAAGACAAAAAUGCGCUCGCUAAGGAGGAGGAUGAUGAUGGUGGUGGUGGCAACAAAAUAUGUUGAUGGUGCACAAAACAAACAGCUUUGACGGCGGCAUCUGUCUGGCUCGUCGUCGUUAAAAUCUCAUCGAAAUCGAGAUUCGAUAUUCGAGGGAAAAAUUAGGCAAACAGCAUUAAUAGUAGGUGUUAUCGCCGCAGAAAAAUAGCCCCCAACAAAACAAAGCAGGCACGAACCAACAAAACGAAACUUGUCAGCAACGCAAAACAAAAGAGGCGCACUCGGUCAAUAACACAAGCAACCAACACAGAGGCAUGCAUGCAGGCAACCAAACAACAACACACACUCGUUUACACUUGAAAUUUCAAUGAGAAAGACAGAGAGCGAGAGAGAGAGCACGAGACUUUAUUUGCCGUAAUGGGUGUGCUCUUUCGCUCACCCAACAUGUGCGAUAUGCAUGAGUUGUGUGUCGCCGCCACUACUCAUCAACAUUCGUGUUCGUCGUGUUCUUUUCAGAUAUCAUUAUUUUUACUUCGGGUUUGCUCGCUUUUUCUUUUGGGCGCCGCAUCAUUCAUUUGUUGGGCCCGCCGUUAUUAGUUUGUUUACAUCGAGAACGCACGCCAUCAUCAUCGACCGACCGCCACAAUUUUUAUUAUUGUUUGCCGCCGUCAUCACACGUUGUCGAACCAACCAGCUGACUUGUUGUGUGUAACGUUGGUUGCGGUGCUUCCACGUUUCAGCACAAGCAACAGUCAUUCUCAUUUCGUUUCUUGGUUGCGCCAUCAACCUGACGACAACGUGUAACCGCCAAUGUACUAGGCGACCAGAAUUGCCAUAUGAGAUUAUAGCAAGCUGCAAAAAAUGGCAAGCAAACCGAUUUUGUUCCGUAUACACUGGUGGUGUAUACACGUGAGAUAGAAGAGAGACAAAACGAACGAAGCGACAGACAACAACACAUUUCGUUUCAACGAGAAACGAUGAAUCGAGAGGGAAAAUAUAGCAAAUGUGUUUGAGUGGCAUGGUUUGUUUUAUUUGUUUUGGGGUGAGAGGGCAAUGUGUAGAUGAGACGUACGCAAAUAUGUGUGUGUGUGUAAUCACACAUUGAGCACUUAAUCACACAGUGGGUUAUAUUUGAAAAAAUACUUCAAAUUAUUUACGAAACGAUUUGUUAGCCCCUAAGGUCGUCAUUUUGUAUACAUCGGCAUUCCACAUACAUAGUAUGUAUAUGUGUAUUAAGUUAUUCAUUCUGUUUGUAACUCAUCGAAAUAAUGUUUUUUUACCCUAUAAACACCCCGAUUCUUAAUGACAAUUCCCUGGGAAUUUUUUCCCUAUUCCCUGUUCCCCUAUUCUAAAUAAAAUCUCCCGGGGAAUUUUUUCCCUUCUCCCUUAUUCUAAAUGAACUUCGAAAAUGGGAAACUCUUCCCCGGGAAAAAAGUAGGUAUUAUGAAUGUCAAUAAAAGGGCGAAUGUGAUAACGAAUUUUGGGAAUAAUUCCGCCAAAAAAUUGCAAGCGAGUUGUGCCAAAAAAUGUCAAAAACAACAAACAAAAAGCAGUUAGACAUUCUGCUUACCUCUAUGCAAUUACAUAGCGAUAUUGCGCGAGGUUGGUUUAAGGGAGGAAAAGAGGAGCUAAACCGGGUAUGGCGCAAUUUGGAGGCGGAAUUAAAUGCUGCCGGGCCACCAUCAAAAAGUGUUGCCGAGUGGAAGAAGGUAUGGGCCGAUCAAAAAAAGUAUGUACGGCAGAAGGCGGCACAAAACCUCAAAUACUCCAGAGGAACUGGUGGAGGCCCCAACAUGGAGCAGAAGUUUUCUGCAAACGAAGAGGCCAUAUACGAUUUGGUUGGCAUGAAGGAGUCAGUGGAAGGUGUGGCCAUCAAGUAUGGGUUAGGAUCUUCCACUUCUACAAUACAGAACCCAGAACGCCUUCCAAAUGAAAUUCUGGAGUUGCUAGAGCCAGACGGAGAGGAGGCUGAAUGUCCUGCGGUGCACAGCAAUGAAGACACUCCGCAAAAGCCGCCGGCGAAAAAAAUUAAAAUAAGUGGCCAGCAUUUCAAUACACAGGCAUCCGCUCGCGACGUUCUAUCAGAAGAGAUAGACAUUCAGAAACGUAUGUUGGAUGCAAUGAUUGAGCAGCAACAAAUUUCAAAAAAGGUGUAUCGUUCUAUUGACCGCCUUUAUGAAGUCAAAAAGGAAGAACUAAAAGAGCAGAAAAGGCACAAUUUAAUUAUGGAAAAAUUGCGGCUAAGAGAAGUGGAGGAUAAAAUUGAAAAGAACCGCCGACUCUUAGAACUGGAAGAACUGAAAAAUAAUCUAGAAAGUACCUGAAUAUAUAUAUAUACACAUACACACAGACUGAAAACGUGCAUAUGAACGUACCUGUAAAUAGUAUUAGUUUUGUUUUUAGUUUUAGAAUAUGAAUUUAUGUGUUUUCUUUUUGUUUGUUUUUGAACAUGAAUUUUAUUGAGUUUUUUUUUGGUUGUUUUUGAAUUGUUUUUUAGUUUGUUUAAAAUAAAAUGUGAUGCUAUUCCUAUGUGAUAACUAA